ACACACUUGUAAGUGUCAAAUGCGCGGAAAGGGUUUUUACUCUUACGUUAGAUGCCAAGCAACUUAUUUAUACUUUGAUGACAUAUUACAAAUUACCUAACGGUAUUUCGCAAGAGCUUUCUGCCACACAAGCAAUCGGCAUCCUAGGAGGGCUUGAGAACAGAUUACAGCCUUUAGUGGCGCUUUAGGCGCACUCAGCGCCCCGCUCACUAUCCACCUUGAGAUUAUUGAAGUGCUCCGUGUGUUUGCACAUAUUUGCAACACCUCAACUGUCAUCGCCGCCUCCGUCGCCGUUACCACGUGCUACCAGCUAGGCGGCUGGGCAAUGCAAACAUGGAUCAUGCGGUGAAAGCGACACGUGGCCGACCAUGGAAUACGCUGCGCUUCGAGAACGACGAACUGGAAUGCCUCUAUCAACGUUACACGCUCAAACUGCAGCGCUUCUCAGUGCUGGGAGUGGUUGCGUUGGUGGUGAUGUUGUGCGGUGUCAUGGCCGCGCUGUCAUUGGCCUACAAUAAUGCGCUCACCUUUCAUAAUAUUUUCAACUCCAUUGUGUGCCUGCUAUUUACAAUUAUCCUGAUUCUACUGCCAUGCCGCGUCAUCAAGGAUCAUCAUUUGCCAAUUCUUUGCUAUGGAAUUCUGCUCUUUGCCGCCGUCAUUUGUUUUGUUUCGAUGCCGACACUGGGCAGUGUGUUUCCUGUGGACACAAAAGAGGUCAUGGCUGAGGGUGUGUGGCAAAUUGUCUUUGUCAUCUUUUUGGCAUAUGCCAUGAUGCCGCUGCAAAUAUGGGAGGCAGUUUGUUUUGGUAUUAUUUUGCCAUCAGUGCAUAUUAGUUUAACGGUGUACAAAAUUAUUACGGAUUCAUUUCGUUACUUGGAAUAUAAUCAGCUUAUCGCCAACAUUGUAAUGUUUAUCGGUGUUAAUGUUGCCGGUUUGGUCGUAAAUAUUAUGAUGGAACGUGCCCAAAGACGUGCAUUCCUAGAUACACGUAACUGUAUUGCCGCCCGCUUGGAGAUUCAGGAUGAAAAUGAGAAACUGGAAAGACUUUUGUUGUCGGUUCUACCUCAGCAUGUUGCGAUGCAAAUGAAAAAUGAUAUACUCUCACCUGUUGCUGGCCAGUUUCACCGAAUCUACAUACAAAAACAUGAGAAUGUGAGUAUAUUGUUUGCCGAUAUUGUUGGCUUUACGGUACUGUCAUCGCAAUGCAGCGCACAGGAGUUGGUAAGACUGUUGAAUGAACUGUUCGGGCGAUUCGAUCAAUUAGCGCAUGACAACCACUGCUUGCGCAUCAAAAUUCUCGGCGAUUGCUAUUACUGCGUUUCAGGUUUGCCCGAGCCACGCAAAGAUCACGCCAAGUGCACUGUCGAAAUGGGUCUGGACAUGAUCGAUGCCAUUGCCACUGUGGUAGAGGCCACCGAUGUGAUAUUGAAUAUGCGUGUGGGCAUACAUACAGGGCGCGUGCUUUGCGGUGUACUUGGCCUACGCAAAUGGCAGUUCGACGUUUGGUCCAACGAUGUGACAUUGGCCAAUCAUAUGGAAUCGGGCGGUGAGCCGGGACGUGUGCACGUCACACGGGCGACACUCGAUGCUUUGUCCGGCGAAUACGAAGUGGAAGCAGGACAUGGCGAUCAACGUUCGUCGUAUUUGCGCGAUCAUGGCGUAGAUACGUAUUUCAUAGUGCCACCACCACAUCGGCGAAAGCCAUUAAUGCUAAAUACGCUUGGUGUACGCUCGGCCAUUGGUAGUCGUCGCAAAUUGUCAUUUCGUAAUGUCUCGAAUGUUGUGAUGCAAUUAUUGCAUACGAUUAAAUUCUCGGAGCCAGUACCUUUCUCCAACAUUGCCACCGGGUCGUUUCCCUCAUCGGCCGGCAGUGGUACAGGAGCGCGUGGAAGCACGGCCGAAGGUGCCGGCGGGGAUAAGAACACGCGUAAGGUUAUACGACUGCAAAAAAUUUUACACGCCCCCACACCACCCGGUGGCGGUGUUACAAUCUCAGUAGGAACUACUCCUAACUCCACGUCGAAUACGAUUAGUCGCAUUCACAGACUCAAUCAAAAUAAGAAUAAAUCAAAAGUAACGGACAAAUUUAAGCGUCCCUUCCGCAAACGGCACUCCUCAAUGCACUAUCAACCGACCAAUCGCGUCAAUCGCUUCCUCUCACAGGCGAUCAAUGCACGUUCCGUCGAUUGCGAUAAAUCCGAGCAUGUCGAUCGCAUUACUUUGCGUUUUCGCGAGAGCGACAAGGAGCGCGAGUAUCGUAAAGAUUUCGAUUUGGGUUUUACCACCGCCAUGGGUUGCUCGUUGUUGUUACUAAUCUUGGGUGCAGCACUACAAGUGUCAGCUUUACCUCGAACUCUUAUCCUUUUGCUGCUAUUCUUGACCGCUUUUGUCUGGAUUAGCGCCAUCCUGAUGCUGCUGCUGGCAGUGCGUCUCAAAUGGAUUGUAUGGGAUUUGGCACGAAGUUUUACGCUACGUUUAGCUAUCACUAUAUUCACCAUAGUGCUGAUCUAUUCGGUGGGUCAAGUGAAUGUGUUCACUUGUGUUAUGGAUCAUCCCUGCGCUAGUAAUGUUACAACACAUACACCCACUUUGGAGGAAGACUUACUCAUAUUGGCCCAUCAUAGCGAGGCUCACCGAAAGUGCUCGCUGCCGCAAUAUGUUUCGCUAUCGGCCACUUUUGCAUUUUUGUCAGUUUCAGUAUUUUUACGAUUGCCAACAAUUUUCAAAUCCUUGCUGAUACUGCUGAUGGGAACCAUUUAUGGACUUUUUAUUGAAAUGUCUCAUAUAAAUAUUUUCAAUUGUUAUGACAGCAGAGUCAACUCAUCCAUUCCGCUCCAUUUGAUCUCAUUGGCACGAAUAAUAAUUUUUAUGAUUGCAAUAUUGGUGCAUGGACGUUUGGUUGAGUGGACAGCACGCCUGGAUUUCCUUUGGCAGUUGCAAGCCUCACAGGAGAAGAAGGAAAUGGAUGUUUUGCAGGAAUCAAAUAAGCGGAUUUUACAUAAUUUGCUGCCAGCUCAUGUGGCUGCACAUUUUCUCGAUAAUCAAUUUCGUAGUAAUAUGGUCAAUCCCUCACAGGAACUCUAUCAUCAAAGCUAUGCCAAAGUUGGUGUCAUAUUCGCAUCGGUGCCGAACUUCCAUGAGUUCUACACAGAGAUGGAUGGGUCGGAUCAGGGAUUGGAGUGCUUGCGUUUGCUGAACGAGAUAAUUGCCGAUUUCGAUGAGCUUCUGAAAGAGGAUCGUUUCCAUGGCAUUGAUAAAAUCAAAACUGUCGGCAGCACUUACAUGGCUGUUGUGGGCCUUAUACCCGAAUAUCGCAUCAAUGCCAAUGAUCCAAAUUCGGUGCGUCGCCACAUGACUGCUCUAGUUGAGUAUGUGAAAGCAAUGCGUCUGUCUCUGCAAGAAAUCAACAGUCACUCGUAUAACAAUUUUAUGUUACGUGUUGGCGUCAAUAUUGGACCUGUGGUGGCUGGUGUGAUUGGCGCGCGCAAACCACAAUACGACAUUUGGGGUAAUACCGUAAAUGUAGCGAGUCGCAUGGACUCCACCGGCAUACCAGGCUAUACACAAGUGACGCAGGAAGUUGUAGACAGCUUGCAGGGCUCACAUUUUGAAUUUCGCUGUCGUGGCACUAUCAAGGUCAAAGGUAAAGGUGAUAUGGUCACAUACUUCCUGUGCGACUCCUCGAGCAAUGGGCUUAAUGGUGAGGUGCGCAAUGCUAUGAUUGCCAAUCGCGCCAUCACACAAAAUGGCAAUGGUUUUACAUCACAACAGCAACAGCAACAACAGCAGACUCAACCAAAUGGUUUGCCAUCAGCCAUGCAUGCACAUCCAGCAGAAUACUAUCAAAAGCAAUCACAGUUCCAGGAUAACAGUUACCAGCUGAACAUGAACAGUGAAACGUACAACAUCAAAAAGGAUAAUUACGGCUACAACAACAUAGACACAAACCAAAUUUUGCUGAAAACCUCACCCAAUGCACUGCAUGAGGAGCAACAACAAUUGCUAAUGCAUCAGCAACAGACGCCACAACAACCAUAUCAACAUCAUUUAGCGCAACAACAACAACAGCGCUUGAAUAGUAAAUUGCAAAAGCAACCGAAUUUCAUCGCCAACGGUGGUUUGCCGAACAUACGCGAAAAUUGUCAUAACGGCGAACACAAUGGCAGUAAUGGCGGCAGCAAUGGCGUUGGUGGUUAUGCCUACAAUGGCUACCAUCCGGCGCCACAACUAGCACAACAAGCACAGCAACAACAACAGCAGCAGCAGCAGCAGUACAACAGUAACUAUGCACAUCAUCAACGAUCACAUUCCUCCAGUUCGAUGGGCGGCGGUAGCAUUGGCGUUAUGGGUGUGAUCACAAUGGCAGCGUCAUCUUCCCCAGCCCUACCCACACAACAACAAGUUCAACCAGUUUCAGCACAAGCCACCCCCUCCAUGGUAAUGUUGCGCGAACAAUUUAAUAUAAUUGAAAAUCCCGGUGGUAAUCGGCUUGAGUACAUUAAUCAUGACCCCUACGCACAGGUGGAGAGCUAUAACAAUUUAUUUGGUAAUGGUAAUGGUAAUGGUGGUGGUGGUGGUGUAAGCGCUGGUGGUAGGCGUGAACCGCAUGCCGCACGCAAUUACCACCAUUUGCAUCACAAUCAACAGCAUUCGUCGUCGUACAGCACGAAUAGUAACUGUAUGAAUUAUAAUAAUUGCCGUGAAAGUGAACCAUUGUUGCAUGCCGCACCAAUUGCCAAGAUAUUGCCAAUGCAACAAUUUCCACCUAAAUAUGAACCUCCACGAUACACAUGCCCCAAUACCAUAAUGCUGCAACAGCAGCAACAUUUACAACAACAAUUGCAACUGCAACAUCAUCAUCAUCAUCAGCAGCAAUUGCAUCAACAAUAUCCACUAUACUCCCAACAUCCUCAACCGCCAUUACCAGUUCCACCACCCAAACCCUCAAAUCUAACUGCAUCCUCAUUAGCCACAGCCUCAGUGUCAGCCUCAGCCUCAGCAUCACUGAAUCAGAAUACACCUCUCUUACGCACUACCUACAUGAAGCCUCUGCCGAAAUUGCCGACCGAAAUCGAAGAGAACCGUGAGAUGUCUUCCACCGAUGAUCUCAGUUCACGUCCACAUUCGCCAUCCAUGAGUUCCUCAGAUGAAAGUUACUCGAAGACUACCGAGGGUGAGGGUGACGAAGACUCACCACGCAUUACAGCAAUGGGUAACCAUAAUCAUCAUCAGCGUAACGGUGCUAAUCCUUUGCAGUGGCUAUAUCCAUGCGACAUUCAAGUGGAUCCCACAUCGCCCGUGGUUGACUUGUCAAAUCUAAAAGAUUUCGAAGUGAGCUCGACAACCGAGAGUCAAGGUCAACAAACGAAUACCACACACAAUAAAGGCGAUUCCUGCAAUAGUUUUGAGUAUCAAGAUCGCGUUUUACUUGCCGCCAACAAAAAGCAAUCCAGUAAUGGUGGCGGUGGCGGUGGCGGUGGUGGUAGUAGCAAUGGCGCCAAUGGUGGUGGUGGCAAUGGCGGUGGCUCCACAUCCGCCAGCAAUUCGGCGAAAUCGCCAUUCGAGAGGGAACUGCAAAGACUUUUGAAUGAAUCAUCACGUGCGCGUGCACUUGCCGCCACCUCCUCGUCCGGCGGCAACAUUACAUCCGCUUCGAACUCCAACACUAAUCCCGAAGGCAACACGACAAGCAACAGCAGCAGUCGCAACAAUAUUGAAUUAAGCUACUCGGCGAGCAACAGUAAAUUAAGCUCAAAUAAUGGACUAGCAGCCGGGGGCAGCGGUAGCAAUGGAAACCUUAGUGGCAGCAAUUCGAUGAGUGGCAACAACAACCAAAAGUCGUUGACCACAACAAUAUUGGAUGAGCUGACUUCGCCGACAACGGGCCGUCAGCCGUCCAAAAUACCAAUUAGCACGAGUUUUAUGAUCGCUAAACAUCCUGUUGGUUUGGAGGCCAUCAAGGAGAUAACGCGUAAUAAAAAUCCAUCAGAAUCAAGCCAAAUGCAAACUUCCGAUACAGAAUCCUGUGAAAUUUUACACGAGAACUGUAACCAAUUAAAUUUGAAUAUACUAGACGCAGUCAACAACCAGUCAUCCACAUCAACGGGCACAAACUAUCGCGACUCAAAUCAGCCGCAGCAGCCAGCAAAGGAUCACAACCACCGACAUCGCCAACGACCGCGUUCCAAAGAGCUCGACCAAAGUCGUGAAAGUCUUGAUCAGCUGGCCGAUGGGAGCGAGCAGCAACAACCUCAGCGGCAUGUGCGUCACCAUCAUCAUCACCACCAUCACCACCAUCAACGGCCACGUGUGAAUCAUACAGCAGCGUUGAGUAAUGACACCGAACGUGAUGAUACCGAAGAUAAUUUAGCCGAUGAGGAAUUCGAAGAUGAUGAGGUGGGACGUGAUGUGCGAAAAAAACGUUUGGUGACAAUUUCGACGGAGGAACAGCAUGCCAAUAAGGUGAGCGCUGGUGUCAAUUGUUACGAAGAUGAUGAAGACGAACACGAAGGCAGUGCAUAUAACCAUAAACAUGACGAUCAUCCGGACUAUGAAGAUGACUAUGAUGAAGAGCGGCAUGUCGAAAUGAAUGUGAUAAACGAUGAACUUAAAUACGGUGCAGGGCAUCACAAUCACCAGUCGAUGGACUCGAAUCCUUUGGAAAGUCAAUCAGAAUGGUCGGAUGAUGAUUGCCGCGAAGAGGCUACAGGUGGCGCCGAAUCAACGGGCUACAUAACCGACGAACCGGGUUUGGAAAAUAUCUCAUUACUAAACGAAGCCGGUCUCACAGAUGCUGAAGGUGCUCUAUCCGAUGUCAAUUCACUUUACAAUGCACCCGAUGUGGAUGAUACAUCGGUGUCGAGUCGUGCCAGUUCACGAUUACUCAGCUUAGAUUCGCUGAGUGGCCUGUACGAUUGUGAUUUGGAUUCAAAACAUGAAAUGGCAAUCGUGAAUGUUUCGCACAAAAUCACCAGCAAAUUUGGACCACAGCAGCAAAGUUAAUUGCAUCGGCAGUUACAGGUGUUAAACGACUCAAAAUCGAGAGGAGAAACUAAAUCCAAUUACAAUACAUAGUACUAGUACACACACACACACACCCAUAUAUGCAUAUACACAUUUAAUAUUGAGGUAAGAAUGGUGUACAAUGUUAUUUUUCGGUGAAUAUACUGUAGCCCUAUCCCAUGAUGUAUGUAUGUAUGAAACUAUCUACAUAAAUAAGUAUUGGAAGAUUUUAGUAAGGAAUAAGAAGAAGAAAAAUUAAAGAGGUACUGAUACUAAUGACUUAAAAGUGAAUAUACAUAAAGUGUACAGUUGAAGUAAGAUAGGGUGAAGGAAAAAUUGGUGCCUCCGUUACAGUUAAUACGAGUAUAAAGCAAAAACAAAACACAAAAAAGAGAAAAGAUAUUAUAGAUUGAUAUGUGAGAAUGAAAGCACAACAAGCAAAUGAUGUUGAAAUUUAGAAUUUAGCAGCAGGUGCGUAAGAAGGAUACUUACAAACAUGAAAUUUGGUAUGUAGAGUUGCCAAAGCUCUUUGUUUGCCUACAAAUAUAUGUUAAGCGUAAAAUAAGUAUUAAUUGUAUGUAUAUUUAUGUAGAUAUAAACAUGAAAUUGUAUUGUGUGUAAAAAAUACAUUGCGUAAACGCACCUAUCAAAUAAUGCUUUAAGUGAGUUUGAAAGUUUCAAAGAAAUGCAGUGCUAAACAAACAUACAUACAAAUGCAUGUUUUUGCGAAAAAGUUUUGAAACUAAUUAAAAUUAGACUCCACAUGCAUUAUUAUGUAUGGAUAGCUGUGACUGGAUGACUGGAAGAGUGGUAGGUCGAGUUUCUCUCUACAAGUCCGCUUAAGACACAUACAUAUACAUACAUAUAUGUAUAUGUAGUAUAUCUGUAUGAUCAACUGGCAAAUGUGGCAAACUAAAUUGGGAGUUAUUUAUAUGUAUACAAACAUAAAUAUAAACAUAAUUGCAAUUAUCAUAAAUCUUAUACAUAUAUUUCGAAUUUUGAUUAUUUACGUACGUAGUAAAUCCCCGUUGAGUGUGUGAAAGGUACACAUACAAACAUAAUAUAAUUAUUUACUAAAUCGUAAAAUGCUGAUCUACUUACACUAUAAUGUGAAUACUUAAUUAAGCUACAUAUAUAUGUACAAUUAUACAUAGUAAAUGCAUACAUACGCAUACACAUACACAUAGGCGUUCAAUUGUAUUGGGCAACACUGAAGAAGUGCUCGAGAUGAAAGUGUGCACUAACUUUUUUAUAUUUUUCACUAACGCGAAGUGGGCUUUGAAUGUAAUUUUUAAUUAAAUUUCAGACAGCAUUUAUUUGAUCGGGCGGCAGUAAACUUUUUUCGAAACCACAAAGACUGGACCGACUAUUGUAGCACCCUACAGAACCAUGCAGAAGUGUAAUUUUGUGGAAAACAUCGCACAUUUUUUUUAGCUAAAAUUCCUAAAAUGACGCUUUUCAAAUAGUGCAUAUGUACUUAUAUGCAUAUACUAAAAACCAGAAUAUUGGGUAGUCUAAAAAUCCAAAAGUCAAAGUUAUAAAAUAUUUUUUGUCAAUUUUUUUCAUAAAAUUAAGAAGUAAAAAAUCAAAUAGGUGACAUUUGAAAUUGACAACAGCCUCCGCUCCUCAACUGUGCAAUGCUGCGCACGACUCAUCUAUAAAAGAAAUUCAUAUUAGUUAUUAAAUGAACUAUCAAAUACGCUACUUGCGCACAUUCAAUAUUUUUUCACUUAAAAUAAAUAAAUAAUUGGCGCGUACACUUCUGUUAGAUGUUUGGCCGAGCUCCUCCUCCUAUUUGUGGUGUGCGUUUUGAUGGUGUUCCACAAAUGGAGGGACCUACAGUUUCAAGCCGACUCCGAACGGCAAAUAUUUUUAUGAGGAGCUUUUUCAUGGCAGGAAUACACUCGGAGGUUUGCCAUUGCCUGCCGAGGGGCGACCGCUAUUAGAAAAAUGUUUUUAUAAAUUUUGCUUUCACCGAGAUUCGAACCAACGACCUCUCUGUGAAUUCCGAAUGGUAAUCACGCACCAACCCAUUCGGCUACGGCGGCCGCCUUACUUGGUAAAAAUACAAGAGUUAGAGGGUACGUAUGUGUGUAUUUUAGUGGCCACGCAAAAUUACACUUUAUGAAAAUAACCGUAUCCAACUAAUAACGCAUAUGUAAUAUAAAAGGUCUUUCAUGAAGCAAAUAAUUUGUAACAGUUGCCACAAAUUAUCAACUUUUGCUCUUCAUGUAUCCAAAAACCUUGCAAAGUAGAGGAAAGGGAGAGAGCAAAAUGAUAUUCAUUUUGAGGGGAAGUUGUAAUGAAUUUACUGAAUAAAUUUUUACUAAGAAAGAAUUUGCAGCUGAUAGCAAAGUAAAAAUACUUAUAAAUUCAAUUCGCGAAUUCUCAAUUUUAAUAAAAGUUUUAGAUAUUAGAAAUUUAUAAAGUUUAUUUGAAGUCAUAUAUGUAUGUAUGUAUUAUAUUAAAUAGGAAUCGGCCAAUGAUACAUGGGUAUGUAUGAUACUUCUGACCCACAGCCUCUAGUCACCGAUGCUGCCGAAAUACAAAUCGAUAGCAUUGAAUGUAUCUUUUGCAUUUCAUGCUUGUGCUUCUUGGUUAUUAAUUAAUUUUUCAAUAUAUAUUAUAUAUAGGGUGAACGAGUUGAAGUUACCUAUUCAAAACACCAUAACUUUUUUGUGCGAAAAUUGAUUUUAUUGAUUUCAAAGACAAAAUUGUUCAAAAAUGAUUACAAUUUUAACAUAUAUUCACUUUAGCUACAUAUGACCACCUUUUGCUUUGACUAUAGCCUUCAAACGGUCCAAAAUGGACCAGAUGGAAUAGUCCAACGGAUUUGCGUCUGGCGAAUUCGACGUGUGUGGACGAAAUGAAGAGUGGAACAUGAUUUUUUAACCAUUCUUGGCCCACACGAGCUUUAUGAGACGGUGCCGAGUCCUGUUGGAACGUCCAUGGUCUACGGCCGAAAUGUUUGCGUGUCCACGGCUCUAAAGCAGCUUCUAAAACAUUUUCCCGAUAAUAAGUCGCAUUCACUUUGACACCAGGCUCGAUAAAAACGAUUGGAGAGCGUCCAUCACCGGUCACUGCGGCCCAAACUAUUACUUGCGGUGGGAAAUUGCUUUGAGUGGCCAUACGUAGGCUCAAAUUCACGUAUGAGCGUUCGGUCAAGUAAACACGAUCGUUUUGAGUGUUUAUGAACUGCUCAAUUGGGAAAAAUUUUUCAUCGGAAAACACAACGUUUGAAUUUCAUCACAGAAAAAAACUGUCAUUAGAACAAUUUUGUCGUUGAUGUCAUGAGCUGUUUUACAGAUACAAGCAGUGUGAAGUUGGUAACACUUCAUAUCGUUCGCCCUGUAUAUGUAUAGUGUACAUUCAUACAUAGACGGAAGCCAGGAAAAUAUGAAAAAAGCUGUGAUCGCCACAACAAUACAAUUGCUAAUUAUUCACGCUUGUUCUUCAGGUGUCAGCGAAAUAAAACCAUGUGAUGCUAAGUUCGUUCUUUUGCAUAUCAUUUACUGUUUCUGAUUUUGCGUUAAUGUAUUUAUUUUUUUAUUUUUUUUUUCUCUAUGUGGGCGAAUUCUCAGAAGUUUAAUUACUGUACAAUUUUUACAUGAACAGACCUAAUAUAAAUAAAUUCACGCAAUAAUGUCAAUUGUAAAAAAACGGAAAAUUUCGAUAAUAGCUUUCAAUUUUGCCGAACGUCACAAGGAAAUCGAUAGAUAAAGGCAGCUUACGUAUUUUAAUGAUCUCAUGUGCACAUCAUUAUUUUGCCAUUUUCAAGAACUUUUUGUUUUACAAUUCAUGAGUUUUAUGAGGCAACCAGUUUUCUAGAUCUGUAUUAAAGUCAACAUAACUCGGUGAAGAAAGUUUUGCAAAGACCGAAACAAAUGAUAGGCUGAGUGUACACGAUCAGCACUAUGGGAUGGAUGAACCAUAAUUUUGCAGGCAAACACUCUCGGAUUCUGCUGUGUCAUCAAAAAUGUAUGUGGCAACGACGAGCUUGCUAUUGAUCAAUUAUAACCAUAGACAAUGUUAAUGGCAACACUUAAUGAAACAUCAGCCUAGGCAGGACAUACUGAAACUGCAGCGAAAACUCAACAAAAGUAACAACAACAACCACAACUGAUACUCUAGUAUUCCGGCAUUUUAUUAUCGACCUUUUUUAGACUAUCUAAUAUAAUUUAUAAAUACUGUACAAUAACGAUCGACCGACAUACAUACUAUGGCAAAGAAUAUAUACACCAAUUUUUCUAAAAAUUACAAUCAAGCGCGACUUCAAAAGUUCCAAAAGUGAAUUUCGCCCAGCAGCGUUUUUUAUACAUUAAAGAAAUAAUGGCAUCUAAAUCAUUUGUUAUUAACCACGAAGUAGAGAGUCAUUCUUAAUUUUCUUAAUUAUUAACAACGCAACAUUUAGAAAACGUCAAUUAAUAAAUGAAUAGCAACAACAAUACACGUUCGACUCUCGUUUAUACUACUCGCAUAGCAGUUUUAGUUAUACUCGUAUGAGUCCCCACGCAAGAAUACGAUUCUGGCACUCUCUUGCAUAUAUGCGGUAGCAAGGUGAAUUGAUUAUUCAUACUUCUUGAUAUGGUAGGAUUGAAAUUGGGGAAGGUGAGCAUUUCCAGUUGCUCUGAGCGCCGUAGAAAAAAAAUUUGUUUAUCACAAAAUGAGCUUCAGCAUUUUAUUUUAUCUUCCUUGCCCUAUUAGCAUAAACUCGCAUACUUUCAUCCCGAUCACUUGUUGAUGAUGCCCAGUUUAUAUAUGUAUGUAUGCAUGUAUGUUCUUUGGAAAGUGUGAAGCGCCAGCGUUUUUAGUUAGUUUUGUAAUUUAUUUGCAAAAUUCUUUAUACAAAUGUACGUACUUAUACUGUAAGUAGUGGCAGGCAGUGCCAAUGUCAAAUGAUAAUACAUAAUCUUAGUAAAAGUAAAAACAACUUUAAAUUAAAAUUUUUCUUGUCACACAUCCUCCAAAAAUAUUUAAUUGUGAUCAAUUUUACUUUUUCUAUGAUUAUAUUUUAUCUUUUGCUGGGAUUUAUUUUUUCGGGAGUUCGAAUUUUUUUCAAAAAUGUAUUUAAUUUACAAUUUUUGUUUGUGUGACGUCGAAAGUAACGAUUUGCUAUUGCAUAUCUUAAGUUUUAUAGUUAAUAUUAUUUUUUUAUAAUAUUUUAUACGCUUCUUUAAGGUAUUUAAAUUUUUUUGUUUUUGUAGGCAGCAAGAAUAAAUAUCAUAUUUAAUUAGGCGUUGUACUCAUACGUUAUUCACUAAAAGUCAUAUUAAACCAAGCAAGGCUCUCAUGCACAACUAAUUAUGAAACUUAUUUUUAUUUUAAUUGUAAGCGAAAAGUAAAAAGUAAAAUUACAUAGAAUUUCAAUUAUACGUUGUAUAUACAUUACAUAUGUACAUAUAUACCUAAAAUGAAAUAAAUAAAAAACUAUGGCAUUAAAUAAAAAUUAUAAGGAGUGUGUGGGUGCAUUUUAAUUAAAUCAUUUGUCUGCCUUAUGUGGUUCUUUUUUUGUGUUGAGUCGAAAAUGUCCCUAAUGUCGACCAUUUUACGAUGAUUUCAGGUAACUUUCGAAAUUUGGCAA